UUGUGAAAAGUUGGAGUCUUUAUUACAUUAAAACAAGGCUGAGGACCGAGAAAGUUUCCACCUUUCCCUAUUGCUGUUCAGCGACCGUUCGAGACUCUCGUCGCUUCUUCUCCGGUAGGGUUUUGAGAAACUCAAGGAGGAGGUAGCAUUCAUGUCUAAAGAGCUCGAGAAGCGCCUUCUGGAAGCUGGCAAAGCUCUUCUUCUUCUACCGUCUUCUGUUGAUACGCUUCUUCACCUUCUCGACAAACUGUUCAUCUGCUUGGUAGAGGUGGAACAGUCACCUCCUAGCUCGAUUCAGGAAGCACUCUCUCCGUUGAAGAAAGCAUUAGUCGAUGAAAGACUCUUCAAGCAUUGGAAUGUCCAUGUGAGAGUCCAUGUCGCUUCCUGCUUCAUCCAGGUUACGAGAAUAAAUGCUCCCACUGCUCCAUAUGUUGACGAACAGAUGAGGGAAGUAUUGAAGUUAAUUGUAUCAUCAUUUGAACAUCUAGAUGACAAAAGUAGUCUCUCCUAUACCAAAAGCACUUCCAUCCUUAACACUGUGGCUAAGUACGAUGUCUCUUAUCUGAUGUUGGAUCCUGUGUAUGAUGCACUCUGUAUUGAGAUGUUCCAGCAUUUUCUCAAGGCCUUAAGGGAUGAUCAUCCAGUGGAAGUAUUUUCGGAUAUGGAGAACAUUAUGACCCAUGUUUUAAAAGAAAGCGAUGAUUUGCCUCCAAAGUUGCUUGCACCAAUUCUGCAUUAUGUCAACGAGACUGAUGAGGUCAUGCAUCCAUCCAUCCAUAGCUUCUUAGUCUUGUUUCAGCAACCAAUAUAUGCAUGCAUCUUUUGUUUUUAACUCUUUCCACUUCUCUUCCCUUAGGUUCCCUCAAUAUCACGGAGGUUGGCAGAAAAAGUUCUGCUAAACUGUUCUACCAAGUGCCAAACAUAUCUUGCUGAAGCAGUGAAAUCAUCAGGCGUUUCUUUAGAUAAGUAUAGUAAUGUGGUGGCUUUCAUAUGCGAAGGUGCAUCCAGUGAUAAACCAAAGAAGCAAGAUGAUG